AUGGCCCCACAGCACAAUUUCGAGAAAGGUGAUGCCGUGAAUGUGAUUGCAGGUAUCAGGCAUCCGGAUCUGGGCUCCAAGCACCCCGAGCACUUCGGCGCCGCCGGCAGAACCGGCGUGGUCUUGGAGCACGAUGACUCGGAUGAGUUUCCUUUCUUGGUAGACUUUGGCGGGGCUGGACGAAAGUCAUGGUUCAAGGCCGCCUGGUUGGAGAGAAGCAAAGAAGCUCCGCAGCCCAACCACAGCCAAGUCUCCAAGCAUGGCGCCCUUGCCAGGAAGAUUUGCAGAAUGGAUCGUUCUGUGGCAGUCACAGUCGCAAACUUUCUGCUUCGACAAGGAGCGAAGUCCGUGAUGGACUUGGGGUGUGGCUGUGGCCAAUAUCUGAAGGUCCUUGAUGCUGUUGGAUUUCAUAGCCGCGGAGUGGACCUGAACCCCUAUGCACCGGAGCUCUCCGGUGGCCUCUGCGCUUAUGGUGAUAUAACAGCACCACUGGGCCAUGAGGAGCGCAGCGACUGGGCUCUGUCUUUGGAAGUUGCGGAGCAUGUGCCUUCCAUCUUCGAGCGCGCGUUCUUGGAGAACAUCAAUCAGCAUGCGCAGCACGGGGUGAUCAUCUCUUGGGCAUCUCGUACUCAAAUAGAUCGCGGACAUGUCAACCUGCGAGACUCAGAUGAAGUGCAGGCAAUCUUUGCGGAAAUGGGUUUUGCUUACGAUGAGCCUGCCAGUGCCAUGCUUCGUGCUGCAGCAGCUCAGACUUCAUCCUUUGGUGCCUGCUGCGGCCAUUUUGCAUACAACCUGCAUGUAUUUCAGCGGAUGUCGAGCUCCUUUACUCCGCACCAGGACUUUCAGAUGUUCCUAGAUGACGUGAGUAGAAAAGGGUGCGCGAGACACCAAGGCUCCGAUUUCAGUUGCGAUGUCUGCGAAUUCCGCCUCUACCCCGCAAGGCCUGGAUUGACUCUGCCCAGCCAAGUCUUGUGGGAUUUGAAUGGCGUCUCCAUGGCUGAAGCUGAGCUCCUCUGCUGCCGGGAGGGCCCUUUCCGCUGCGCAGCCGUGUACGUUGAUCCCGGGUCCGGGCGCAUCCAGCUUCUGAGCGAAGUGACCGCACCCUCGGAGUGGCAGUGGGACCUUGAUGCGGUCUUGCGCGUGAUGCAUACCUGGAACCUGCAGGGGCUGAAGCGCGAGAGUGAAGUCAAGAAGCCGCAUGGGAAGGACAUCGCCUUUUGGACCAUCGCUGAAAGAGAACCUUGCUUCGGGGUUGAGGCCGGCGAAUGCCACGAGCCCGCAGCUUCUUGA